AUGGCUGAAAUACACCAGGAGAAAAUGACAAGGGAGAUGAGGGCGCUGAGGUUAGGAAGUGAGACUGGAAGCUCGGGGCGAGGUGAGCGGUCCGGGCUGGCGGAGCGCAGCGAGCUACACUGCGGUACAGAGGCCCAGCGGAGGCCCAGCGACUCUUCCCACAUGAGCCGCGCAGGGCUGAAGGAACAGACCUCGGCGACCCGGUCCCUGCUCCCGCUGCAGAGUCCAAUGGCUGUGGCCACAUACCGGGACCCGAGGCAGGGUGUGACCUUUGAGGAUGUGGCCAUUCACUUCUCCCAGGAAGAGUGGGUGCUCCUUGAUAAGGCCCAGAGGUUCCUCUACUGCAGUGUGAUGGUGGAGAACCUUGCACUUGUGGCUUCUCUGGGAUCCAGGCCUGGAAUGGGGGAUGAAGAGGUAACUGCUGAGCAUGAUGGGCCUAUAGAUGGAGUGAUGUCUAAGACAAGUCCAUCUACCCAGGAGACUCAUCUCUUUGAGACACCUGUCCCAGCUUUGGAAGACGUUUUGUACCAGGCUGAAUUCCUGAGCACACACCCUGUGCAGACAUUGCACUUGGGCAGAACAGGUGUGAAAAGCUCCGGUUUGAAUGAAGACAUUGACCGGCACCAGAUGAGUUACCGUGGAGAAAAGCCCUGCGAAGGGAAGGCUGCUGCGGCUUCACUUACGUCACGCUGCAGACCCCAGGUGUUGACAAAGCCAUUCGUCUUUGAGAAGGAUGGGGAGAAGGCCCUUGCCUCCACGGGCUGUCCGCAGCAGCAGGCCACUUGUAAUAGUGAACAGCUUCACAGUAGUGGCAAGUGUGGGGAAGCACUUUUGAGUGGAGAAAAACUGAAGUCCAGUGAAUGCCCAAAAGGUUCAAACCACAAACAUACACGUGUUCAGUGUCAGAGUGCCACCCCUGAAAAAAGGCCUCAUGAGUGUAGCAAGUAUGAGAAAGCCUUCUCCUGCAACUACAAACUUGCUCAGCACCAGGACGGUCGCACGGGACAAAGGACGUAUGAGCAUAGUCAGCAUGAAAAAUCCUUUAGCAAGAAGUGCCACUUCAUUGCACACAAUAGAACUCAAGAAAGGCCCUAUAAAUGUACCGAAUGUGGAAAAGCCUUCAUCUAUAAAUCUGAACUCAUUUACCACCAGAGACACCACAGUGGUAGAGUACAUUAUGAGUGUGUGGAAUGUAGAAAAUCCUUUACCUACAAAUCCAACCUCACUGAACACCAGAGAAUCCACACUGGAGAGAGGCCUUACCAGUGUGAGCAAUGUGGGAAAUCCUUCAGACAAAACUCUAGCCUCUUUAGACACCACAGAAUUCAUACUGGAGAAAGGCCUUAUGAGUGCUAUGAAUGUGGCAAAUCUUUUAGACAAAUCUUCAAUCUCAUUAGACAUAGAAGAGUCCACACUGGAGAAAUGCCUCAUCAGUGCAGUGGCUGUGGGAAGUCCUUUAGCUGCAAAGCUGAACUCACUCAGCAUGAGCGAAUUCACAGUGGGGAAAGGCCUUAUGAGUGUAGCGAGUGUGGAAAAUUCUUCAGGCAGUUCUCCAACCUCAUUCGACACCGGAGAGUUCAUACUGGUGACAGGCCUUACAAAUGCAGCGAAUGUGAAAAAUCCUUUAGUCGCAAAUUCAUCCUCAUCCAACACCAAAGAGUUCACACUGGAGAAAGGCCUUAUAAGUGUGGGGAGUGUGGCGCAUCCUUCACCCGGAAAUCUGACCUCAUCCAACACCAGAGAAUUCAUACUGGCACAAGACCUUAUGAGUGUGAAGAAUGUGGGAAGUCGUUUAGACAAUGCUCUAGCCUCAUUCAACACCGGAGAGUUCAUACUGGAGAGAAGCCUUAUGAAUGUGUCGAGUGUGGGAAAGCCUUUAGUCAGAGUGCUAGCCUUAUUCAACACCAGCGACUGCACACUGGAGAAAGGCCUUAUGAGUGUAGCGAGUGUGGGAAGUCCUUUAGCCAAAGUGCCAGCCUAAUUCAACACCAGAGAAGCCACAGUGGAGAAAAGCCUUAUGAAUGUGGCGAAUGUGGCAAACUUUUCACCCACAAGUCUGACCUAAUUCAGCAUCAAAGAGUUCACACUGGAGAAAGACCUUAUGAGUGCAAUGACUGUGAGAAAUCAUUUAGCCGUAGGUCUAAUCUCGUUCGACACCAGAGAGUUCACACCUAAGAAACUUCUUCAUCCUGUAAGAAAUGUGCUGUUUAGUGAGUUAGUGUAGUAACGUUGGAGGAGACUAGCAGCCCUCUCUGAGUUUAAAGAUAAUUCAUAUGGGCUUCAGAAGUGUGGGUUAUUUCAGAUAUGUGGGAAAUUUUAAGGAGAUUCAUUCAGUUUCUAGUAUGCCCAGGGCCGUAUCCUGAUUUAUGCCAUUGGCAUUGUCGGUGGUAGAAACCCUAUCACCAUUACCACCCGGAAGUUUGAUAUUGUGAGGAUAAGUACCCUUCCUGAGUGCUCAGAGAUGCAAACUUCUGUACUCUGCUGUGGCCUUCGCCUUGGAGACCCCUUAUUUCCCUUUAGGACAGGAAUCUUGUUUGGGAGGUGUGGUCUGAGUUGUGCUUUCAACUUUCCUAAGAAGGAUUACCUUGUUCAGGGGAAGUUUCGUUUUCAUACUGUGUCAGUGAUGAAUAUUUCCAGGUUGGAAUUCGCCAACUUGGAAAAUGCUUGCUGCCCAUAACCUCUGACUUCACUUUUUGAAAAGAUAGUUUAUUUAUGCACCUUUAAUCUUGAAGGUUCUGUUCAUUCUCUGGUGUGACUUAUCAACUGACCUAUGAUGUCAGCGUUAAGGGGUGGACCAAUUUCAUAGAUAUCCUCACUGACUAUGUUUUAGAAGGUAUGGUACAGCUGCAAGAAGCAGCUGUAUGGAGCAUUGGUCUGAUUUUCAUCGCUGCCCCUGCCCCUGCCCUCACAGGUAAGACUGUUGGGUUUUCUGUUCCUGACUUACUGAAGGUGCUAUGAUUUGUAAGGUUAAAAAGUCCUGAUGAGGAGGAGAAUUAUGACAAUCCCAGGUGCUUCUGUAAACCGCGGGAACAAUUAUCCUCA